GACCUUUCUCUGACGUUGGUGGACGUUGGUAGACGGCUGGUUGGUGGGUAGAGAGAGCAAGGACUUGGUUGUAGACUCAGCUGCAAGUCGGUAGGAGGGUAUAAUGGCUGACAGAGGUGAUGACAGAGGUGGCAGACAGAAAGGUGGGGGCUGGGGCGGGGACGUGGGUGGCUCGCCGGAGCGGGUUGGGGAAGGGUCGCCGGGGAGCGAAGGCAUGGAACACGAGGACCUGCUGACGCGGCUGCUGGACAAGCUGACGGCCGAGGGCAACGAGAGCGCAGGCUCGCGGGCCAAAGUGGCGGCGCGGAUCAAGGAGAUGUGGGCGUCCAAGGGCAAGCCGUUCAUUUCAGACAAGGUGGCGCGGGUGAAUGACCGGGUGGCGCGCGGGCGUGGUGCGUGGCGCAAGGUGGUGACGGGCAAGGAGGAUGUGAGGAUCCGCGACCACAUCCGGGAGCGGAUCAGAACACCUAAGGCGGUGCGGAUGAAGGACAAGCUCUCGUUCCUGCUGGGCAUUCUGGUGGGCAUCAUCCUCACCGAGUACGUCAUGAUCCUGUACCCAGUGCUGUUUGGCGCUUGGUUCGCGCUCAUCAUGCCGGCGCUCUGCGUGGCGCGGUACGUCAUGUACGCAAAGCUCAACUGGCACCUCUUCCUUAUGGACUUUUGCUACGUGGUGCAGGCGCUGUGCCUGAUCUCUGUGUGGACGCCCGCGUCUGCUACCGAAUGGCAUGCCGCCAUCUUUACGCUCGCCAACGGCCCGCUCCUCUGGGCCAUUCCCACCUGGCGGUGCUCGAUGGUCUUCCACUCGCUGGACAAGGUCACCUCGGUCUUUAUCCACGCCUUUCCGGCCAUGCUCACCUUUACCCUCCACUGGUACCCUGCGGUGCCCGAGGGCGUGAGUCUGGCGACGGCGGCAACGACGCAGUGGGCCGAGUACAACACCAUGGCGUCGCACUUUCACGCACCCAUCUCGUUUGUGGGCUGGUUUGUCAUGCCGAUGGCCAUCUACCUUGUGUGGCAAGUUCUGUACUACUACAAGACCGAGGUCCGCGACCGGUCCAAGUUCGAGGCCGACAAGACGCUGACGACCUCGCUGCGCUGGCUCUCGGCCGACGACAAGAACCCGAUGCACAAGUUGGUGCUCUCGCUCCUGCGGCGCAUCGGCGUCAUGGGACCGACCGAGAAGUUUGAUGCCUCGACAGUCAAGACCAAGGUCAUCUUUAUGGCCACGCAGUUUGUGUACACCGUCAUCACCAUCUUGCCCAUUCCGAUCAUCUACUCUUCUGUCCAUCUGCACAUUGCGCUCCUCGUCGCACUCCUAGGCGUCUCGCUCUGGAACGGUGCCAACUUUUACUUUGACGUCUUCUCGCGGCGAUACGAGGCCAAGUUUGCCGACGGGCGCCACAACGUGUCCAGCGCAAUUGGCAUCGAUCCGCCGGCGGUGCUUGCCGGCUCGCCGCCGGCGUCGCCGGUUACACCAGUCUCGCCAUCGUUGCCGAAGCGGGACUGACGGCGACGUGGCUUGCUCCUCCUAUUGGCUAUGGCGAGAGGAGCUUGAUUGAAACGCGCUACAUCUUCA